CAUUGAUAAGGCACAUCUCGGUUGAUUUUAUAAAAAACCGAAUAAGCAAACACAAUAGUCAGUCAGUUGAAGUUAAGAGUUCGUACUGAAUUAAAUAAGUGUAACAAGAAGGAACAUGUUUGCUUCAUAUUACGAUAAGGUUAAGAAGACUUGGUCGGGACCUCGUCAUAACGUUAAUGAAUACAAUAGAAGAAGUGCCGGCGAAGUUCUUUUGGAAAGGAUGUCAAACGGUGAUCCAAAUCGAGUUGUUCAGAUUGACGGUGACACGGGUGAAGCGAUGGUAAUGAGAGAAAUUCGAAUUCGCACCAUUCGAAUUGCACAAAAUCUACUGAAACAAGGGUGUACUCAAGAUGAUCGAGUUGCAAUUAUUGCACGCAAUGCGCAUAAUAUCACACCGUUGGCCGCUGCAUUGCUUUGCAUCGGCACGCCAUUCAAUGCGUUGGAUAUUAAUAUGAUUGAAGAUGAUUCGUUCCUUGAUAUAUUGGAACGCAUCGAACCGAAAUUCAUAUUCUGUGAUGCUGAUGCGGUCGAACCCAUUCUGAAAGCGAGACUGGCACAAGAUACAAAAGUGUUAAUUGUUAACGGGAAAGUUAAGGGGUUUGAUGUCGUCGAAAGCUUGCUGGUAUCAACUAAGAGUGAAAAUGAAUUUUCGUGUCAGCCUAUAAGUGAUUUGAGGCAGCAUACAGCUGUUAUGAUUUGUUCGUCCGGAUCGACUGGUCUCCCAAAGUCGGUUAUGUUGUCCCACACAUUAUUUAUUGAUGAGUUCGUGAACAAUUCAUUUUUCGUUGGCGCAGAGAGAAUGCUAAGUUUCAGUUCUCUGUAUUGGAUAUCAGGUGUUUGGGCAUUUACAAAUUCUAUAAUUUCGAAGAAUAUUCGCAUCUUUACAGCGAAACCAUUUUCGCCAGAGCACUUUUGCGAUUUAGUUGGAAGAUAUCAGGUCAAGGCUUUUCUUGGUCCAGCAAGUCGAGUUCACGCAGUCGUCAAUAGUGAAGCUAUAAAAACAGCCAAUCUACUGACCUUGAAAACGUUUUGUCUAGCUGGUGAACCGACACCAUCGACAAUGAUUCAGGCCGUUAGAAACUAUAUCCCAGACUCUGAGUUUAGGCUGAUUUACGGUAUGAGUGAAAUAGGUGGCAUGACAUGCACUACGCCCAUGGACAUUGACAUGAAGCCAACGUCUGUGGGCUGCUUGGUGCGGGGUUUCGAAGUGAAAAUUGUGGAUGAAAAUGGUGGAAACACAGGCAUCGAUCAAAUCGGCGAGAUUCAUGUCAAAGCACCGGCUAUGUUUACUGCUUAUCAUAAAAACGAUGAAGCAACACGAAGUGCAGUCGAUGGUGAGGGAUUUUAUAAAAGCGGCGAUUUGGGUUAUUUUGACAAAGACGGGUGUCUCUUCGUGACGGGAAGGAAGAAAGAGAUUUUCAAAUGCAAUUUGUUUCACAUUGCACCGAUCGAAAUCGAAAGUGUUGUCCUCAAGCAUCCGGCGGUGCAUAGUGUUUGUGUGGUUGGUGUUCGAGACGAGGAAAAACUGAUGGAUUUGCCGGCCGCUGUUAUUGUGAAGAAGGAUGGGGCUGUACUUAAAAGAGAGGAAAUUUAUGCGUUUGUUGCCGGUAUGGUUUUGCAUUCAAUUUUAUUUGCAGAAUUUCUUUUCUUAACAACAUGCAAUCUCGUUGUAGAGCGAAUCGCCGAGUACAAGUGGCUUAAAGGGGGAAUCUAUUUUGUUGAUGCACUGCACACGACUAUCUCUGGCAAAAUAUUGCGCUCGAAAGUCAAAGAGUUUGCUAAUGAAUUGUAUGAAAAAGAAAAGAAUGUCGGGCAACAAAUUGGCUUAAUUACAAACGUUUGAUUAAUGGUAAUGGUUUGUGGGUAUUUUAUGU